CGGAGGCGGCACGGUGGGGCCGGUGGCCCGGCGGCGGGGCGGCAUGCCGGGGGCGGCGGGGCGGUAGCGGCGGCGCGGAGUCGUUGCCGGAGCGGCGAUGCGGCUGCUCGGUGCCUUCCUGAGGCUGCUGGUGGCCGCGACGCUGGGGGCGCCUCCUGCCCCGGCCCCGGAGGCGCUGGGGACCGCCAGCGCGGAGCCGGCCGUCCUGACCUUUCGGGAGAUCUGGAACCGUAGUUUCUGCCGGCCCCUGGAGCAGCUUGUGGACGUCAUCAGCGAGUUCCCCAACGAGGUGGAGUACAUUUUCAGACCCUCCUGCGUCUCCCUGCAGCGCUGUGGAGGCUGCUGUGGGGAUGAGGGUCUCCGCUGUGUCCCUGUGGAAACAAGCACGGUCACCAUGCAGCUCCUGAAGAUAAAGCCGAAUGGGGAGGCUCCCUACGUGGAGAUGGCGUUCACCGAGCACAAGCAGUGCGAGUGCAGGCCCCGUCAGGACCUGAUGAGGCUGGGAAGGAGAAGACCUAAGGGCCGAGGUAAGAGAAGACAAGAGAGGACGAGACGUAAAGGCUGUGAACUAUGUGGCACACCACGCAGGUAGCCUCCGCUCUGCCCCUGGCCUUGCCCCUGUUGCUUGGGUUUGAGCCAGCAGUGUCUUCCCCUGGUGUGAGGAACUUGUGGAGCUGUGUCCUGCCAUGCAGCAGUGGGGAGCAGGACUCCAGCAGGGAAAAGCUAACUGGACUCUUGCCUGGCCCUGGCUGGAAUGCAGCCUACAACUGAGGACCCGCUCACCCCAUCUGCACCAUCAGCAGCAGGACAAAAGGACCUGUGACCAGGCCUGGGGCUGAAGAUGAGGAGCUCAAGCAGCAUCUUGGUGUUUGAGGGCAUCCUGCGGGCAAUGAGGAGUGGAGCUGGUGGAUGUGCUGCUGGAGCUGGCUGGGGACAGCAUCAUGGGGAUGGGUGGAGGAGGCUUGGAGGGCUGCAGCUGCAGAACUGCUCUGUCCUGCCAGUGCCCUGCAGCUGGGGAGGAAGGAAACCCGGGGCAGUCAAGACUGCAGGGCUGUAUCCGUCUGAGCCUUGGCAUGGGGCAGCUCAGGAGGGUGCCUGGAAAGCCCUCUUGGAGGGGAAGGAAUGGGAAUUGGGCUUGCCAGGGCUCCUCACAUACUUGCAGCCACAUCCUAGCCUUGCCCUGCUCAAUAAAACCUGGUGGGGGGAUGCAGGCGCUGGAA